AUGCGGAGCGAAGAACGCGCUCUCGCAGGCGGCUCCUUUUCUCUUGGCUGUGCUUCUUCUCCGCCGCCAGGGGCAGCUGCAUCCGCGCAUCCUUCUUGUGCUCGCGGUGUUUCGGCUGCUGCGCUCUCUUCUUCGUCUGCUUCGUCUUCCACUCUCCCUCCUUCGGUCCCCUCGGCCGGCUCCGCUGCAUGCGCGCAAUCGUCUUCGUCUGCGGACUUCUCUACUCGGCACCCGUCCGCAACCUCCGCCUGCUCUUCCGCCGUCGCUGCGGCCGCCUCCCUUUGCUCGUCUGCUCCUUUCUCGUCUUUGUCCUCUUCAUCUUCUUCCUCUGGUCCUUUCUCGUCUUUGUCCUCUUCAUCUUCUUCCUCUGCUCUUUUCUCGUCUUUGUCCUCUUCAUCUUCUUCCUCUGCUCCUUUCUCGUCUUUGUCCUCUUCAGCUUCUUUCUCUGCUCCUUUCUCGUCUUUGUCCUCUUCAGCUUCUUUCUCUGCUCCUUUCUCGUCUCUGUCCUCUUCAUCUUCUUCAUCUUCUUCCUCUGUUACUUGCUCCUCUUCUUCCUCUUCAUCUUCUUCCUCUGCUACUUGUUCGCCUUCUUCCUCUUCAUCUGCUUCCUCUGCUACUUGUUCGCCUUCUUCCUCUUCAUCUGCUUCCUCUGCUACUUGUUCGCCUUCUCCACCUCCUUCCUCUGCUACGGUUUUUUCUGCUGCAUCUUAUCCAUUGUCUUCCUCUGCUCCUUCUUCAUCUUCUGCAUUGUCUUCAUGUUCAUCUUCCUCCUCCUCUUCUUAUUCCUCCUCUUUUUCCUCCUCGUCUUCCUGCUCUUCUUUCUCUUCAUCUUCCUCACAUUCUGCCUCUUCAUCAUCGUCAUCUGUGUCUGGCUCUGCUUCUCGUUCCUUGCCCUCUUUGCCUCCGCACCCAUGCCCUGCGCUUGCUGCUGGCUCUUCGUCUUCUUCUUCUCAAAAGCUCUCAUCUUCUUUCUCGUCGGCCUUGGCGCCUUCUUCUCUCCCUGAGGCGGCGCCAAAAGGCGCCCCGGGCAGUGAGCGACGUUACAUAUUUCUGAAGCGAAAAGAGGAGAGUUGCGAGAGGCGGUAUCGAACAGAAGGAGGCGAGAAGCACGUGGGAACGCUUCGUCUGCAGGCCGACUCCCUUUCUUCCUCGCUAUAUCGCCUUCCACAGGCGCCCUCGACGCUUCAGCCGCUGCAGCUCGUCCAGGCGCAUGGAUCUCUCCCGUCGGUCUCCGGGGCGCUUUCAGCGCCUCUCUCUUCUGCGUCUUCCUCCUGCACAAUGUCAUCUUCUUCCGUUUCUUACUCGUGUUCAACUCCCUCUUUUUGGCUGCCUCGUGCGCCUUCGCCUUUUACGUCGCCGAUCGCUUCAUCCUCUCGCACGGCUUCGUGGUUGCCGGCAUGCGCGCCUCUUUCGGGUUCGAUUCCUUCCUCCGCCUCGUUUUCGUCUUCUUCGCUCUAUCCACGCGAGGGACUCGGGCUUGCGGACAAGCUCGCGUUACCCUCGUCUUUCAAGAAAGAGACGCCGCGAAACUCCGCCUAUCUCUCUUCUUCUCUCCCUUCAGCAUUCGCUUCAUACGCUGCCGUCGCUCCGCAGGCCACCGAGGUCGCCUCGUCUCGCUGGAUCCAGCCUCCUUAUCGCUACCCUCCGCUCGCCUCUUCUGAAGUGCCCUCCGCGCCGCUGUCUCCUUCGUUUCCUCGCUUUCAGUCGCUGGCGCCGUUUGACUUUGGCGUCGAAUCUUCUUCAGCCGCCCGCCGCGUCCUCUGCAAACGUCUCGCACUUCCUCUGUGCCGCGGCGCGAUUCCUCAUCUCGUUAUUCUUCGAAUCAAGCGCGUUCUGUGGUGCUUUCUUCUUCUUCGCAGUCUGCUUCUUCUGCUCGUCUCUGGCCUUCUCGCAAGCCUCCUCCUUUCCUUCUUCUUUCACCUUUCCCUUCGCCGUUCUCUGCUCUCCGUCAGGACUCUGCGGCGCCGCGAGUCUCAGCCUCGCCGCACCACUUUCCUCCGUUUCCUUCAACUUGCCUGCAUUCGGCGGCCCCGUCUCCGCCUUCCUGUGCGCUGCGUCUCGCCUCGUCUCCAGGCCCGUUCGCUUCUGAGGCUCGAGAAGAGGACGACAGAAGAAGAGAGACGCGCGACGGCGCGCGCAGCGCCCUCGACGCUCACUCCAAUUGGCAAAAACGAGGACGGAGAAGAUGAACUGACGUCCCUCUACGCAUGGUCACCCCCAUCGUGCCCUUUCGCAGAGUCGCCUCUCGAGGCUGCAGAGGGCGCGCGGACAGAAACCCUCUCUGCCUCUCCACUCGCUUGCGUUCCUGCAUCCUCUCCUUCCUGCCCCUGCACGGCGUCGUCGCCUGCCGCGUCCUCAGUCGCUGUCUAUGCGUUUUUUCUUUUUCCUGCCUCCACCCCGCUCUCCCUCGGCGCGUUGUCUCGCGUGCUCGACCGUGGGCGAGUCGCGGAAAGUGAAGAAGUAACUGCGGCGUUUCCUGUCACGCGCCUGCGACGCACGCCAAACGUCGAGCGCCUUCUCAGCCCCCUCUAG